AUUACUUGCCUAUCCUUCAACAGUCCAAGGUACACUAUAUUACCAAAUGCAUUGGGACACCCCUCCAAAUCAUUGGAUUCACGUAUACCAAUCACCUCCAUGGCUACAGGCAUGCAGACUUCUACAAAUAUUUGUGAAAGAAUGAAUCGCUCUCAGGAGCUCAGUGAAUUCAAGCGUGGUACAGUGAUAGGUUGCCACCUGUGCAAUAAGUCCAUAAGUGAAAUUUCCUUGCUACUAAAUAUUCCACGGUCAACUGUUGGUGGUAUUAUAACAAAGUGGAAGCAACUGGGAACAACAGCAACUCAGCCACAAAGUGGUAGGCCACACGUAAAAAAUGACAGAUCGGGGUCAGUGCAUGCUGAAGCACACAGUGUGCAGAAGUCGCCAUCUUUCUGCAGAGUCAAU